CCAUGUCUUUCUUAUUUCUAAGCAGCAUUGAAAAUAGACAAUCACACAAAAGAAAAACAACAGAAAUUUUAUAAUCUGGAAACUCUCAAACUUUUAAGGCAUAAAUAACAUUUCCAUAACUUAAGGGGGCCAAGUUAAUACUCUGUAUGCUAAGUAGGCCUAAAACCUCCCCUCCCGAACCUUCAUACUUCCCUUAAACCCAUAUUUGGGUCGCCGCCGUAAUCACCGUCUCCGGCACCUUUACAAAGUCCAAACAAUUCUCUAAAUAGCUCUUAUGCAAUAUUAAGGCUCUGUAAUCAUGAGGUGCUUCAAUCGAUUUCUCUCUCAUUCUCUAUCUCGCCGUUCCAGAACCAUUUCCACAUUUCAUCAAACACCUAAUGUGCAUUCUCUCUAUAGACGACUCCCUCAGUCCAAGAUUCAAAAUAUCUCCAAAACCCAUUUCUAUAGUUCAAAUUUCACAACGUCAGCUCAGGAAUCAAAGCCGGCCCCACCAGAGAGAGUAUCAGCGAUAGUCGAUGAGAUUUCGGGUCUAACGUUGCUGGAAGUAUCAGAUUUAGGUGAGGUUUUGAGGAAGAAAAUGGGUAUUGAAGAGAUGCCUGUAAUGGCAAUGAUGAUGCCCGGAAUGGGAUUUAGUGCUGGAGGGAUGAAAGGAAAGGGCGGGGCAGCUGCGGGGAAAGCAGAGGAGAAGGCGGAGAAGACUGUGUUUGAAUUGAAACUUGAAGGGGGAUUUGAUGCCGGGGCAAAAAUCAAGAUUAUUAAGGAAGUAAGGUCUUUUACUGAUCUGGGACUCAAAGAGGCUAAGGAUUUGGUGGAAAAGGCUCCGACUGUGUUGAAGAAAGGCGUUACAAAAGAGGAGGCUGAGAAAAUCAUGGAGAAGAUGAAAGGGGUUGGAGCUAAAGUCACUAUGGAGUGAGAUUCCUUGAUUGUAUCUUUGCGACAAGGUUUGGGAGCUUACAAGUCAUGAUUUUGUAACAGAAUCUACAUUUGGUGAUGCAUCAGGUUGGGAGGUUCAUGGUUACUAAGCAAGCGCUAACCAGCUCAGAGGCUAUCUUUUCUAUUUCGAAUAAAGGAGACCUUGAGGUUCCUAGGACCUUCUAGAGCUAUUUGGUUGAACUGACAUCUUAAGAUUGAUGCACAAUGUUAUAUAGAUUUGACAGGUUAUGAGCUUAAAAAGCUAUCGUAUAUUUUGUGACCAUGGGUUAGUUUUCCAUCCAGUAAGACCAAUUUGUACUUUUUCUUUAAAUUAUUUAGGCUCCACUUGGUUUGAGAUUAUCAUGACAAGGUUCACACAGUGACAGAAAGCUUCUAUUCACCUUUCAAGUCAAAGAAUUUAGGAGUGAUGAUGUUUUCUUGGUUGGACCCUUUGCGAUUAUGCAUGAGGAAAUUUUGAGUAUGUCAUAUUUUUGUUUAUGA